AUGUCUCCAAUAGGUAUUUUAAGUUUUCUAGCAUGUUUUCUGGUCCAUGCAUCCCAGGCUAAACGAAUCAGCAUAGCCAAUUAUGGUAGUGCUACAUGCAGAUCCCAGGGUGAGGUCCAUUAUUGGUCACUUGAUGGCCUGGGCUACCACCACCAAUGUGACUGCAAGUACUUACUACUGGGAUCUACUGUCAGAACUCGGACCCCAUUCAAGGUUUUGUCUAAAAAUUGGUACCUUCCUGGUGACCAAAUAAAAAGAGCUUCCUGGACCAAAUAUGUCGAAGUAGUAUUGAGAAAAUUAACGAUUCGUCUGGGGCAAGAUAAAAAAGUUACACUGAAAACAGGACUAUUUUCAGCAUCUGUAACUGGUGAUUUUGAAAUAAGGCUUCCACUAUAUGGACUUAUUAAAAUCAACUUUGGUGGGAAGGAAUGUGCAGACGUGAUGCCAAUCAUAAAACCUGUUCUGAGGGAGGAUGCAUUGAGAGUUGAUUUCAGGCCCCCACCCCUACCAAAAUGCUGGUCAUCACGAUUUGUCACAGUUGAAGUUCCAUCAAUUGGACUAAAAGUGGAGUUUGAUGGUUUUGCUGACGCAAGGGUCACAUUAAGCAAAUUCUGGAUGAGUAAGGUAAAUGGACUCUGUCAAAACUUUGAUGGUGAUGCCAAGAAUGACUGGAGAAUGAGAGAUGGUACUAAUGUUGCAGGAUUGGAGAACCCUGGGACGAUGAUAGGAAACAGCUACCAAGUGUUUGAUCCUGAGGACCCCAAAUGUCAGCCUUGCUCUCUUCCUGAUCUCCCAUGGAUGGUGUUUAAUGGUGGUUUAAGAAGAGAGCCAAUGUUUGCUGAAUUUGCAAAAGCAGCUGAAGAUGCAAAUACAGACUGUGACAUAACAAGGAUAUGUGGAGAAGAAUAUGUUAGAAAUACAGACGCUGGAACGAUUAAAUUUUUACGAGAGAGUUGUCAAAAUGAUCUCACCCUGGCCCCAUCUGAGAGGAAAUGCAAUAUCGAAAGGACCAUAGCGGAAACUUGUGGAAAUGACGAUUUCACAUGUGAAGAAUGAAGAAGAUUGAAAACACAGAGUGCCGAGUCAGCAUUACAUUAAGAAUAUGACAAUAUUUUGAUGUAAAAUAAUUCAAGAGAAUAAAAUAAAGAAUUUUACGCAUG